AUGACUGAAGAUAUUAUGAAUUAUGUAGAAAGUAUAAUCUCUGCUAAUAAAGUUGUUGUUUUUAGCAAAUCUUAUUGUCCUUAUUGUGAUAGGACAAAAGAAUUACUUCAAAAUUCACAUAUUGACUAUACUGUUUUGGAAUUAGAUGUAAUAGCACAGGGAAGUAAUAUUCAACAAUACUUAUUUGAAAAAACUGGCCAAAGAACGGUGCCAAAUAUUUUUAUUAACAAGGAACAUAUUGGAGGAAACUCAGAUAUAGAAGCACUUAAAAAUAGCGGAGAAUUGGCCCGAUAUUUCGAGUAA